GGAGUGCCCGCAGCCCGCCCCGCCCCUCGCGCCUCGGCUCCGCCUCGCCUCGCCAUGGUGGAGCAGGGAGACGCGGCGCCGCUACUGCGCUGGGCCGAGGGCCCCGCGGUCUCUGUGCCGCAGGACCCCGCGCUGCAGGCGGGAGGAUGGGCUCGGGGCGGCGGUGGGAGCGGCCGAGCGGCCGCGGAAGCGCCCCGAAGGCGGGAACCCGACGAGCCAGCACCCCCCGAAGUGCUGCUGCAGCCCGGGCGUCUGGAGCUGGGCGACGUGGAGGAGGACCAGGUGGUGGCUGUGUUCGUGGUCACCUUCGAUCCCCGCUCGGGAAACAUGGUAGAAUGGUGCUUACCACAAGACAUUGACCUUGAAGGUGUCGAGUUCAAGUCUAUGGCCAGUGGGUCCCAUAAAGUUCAGUCUGAUUUCAUCUAUUUUCGAAAGGGGCCCUUCUUUGGCCUGGCCUGCUUUGCCAACAUGCCCGUGGAGAGCGAGCUGGAGCGUGGUGCACGGAUGAAGUCUGUGGGUAUCCUCUCUCCAUCCUACACCCUGCUGUACCGCUAUAUGCACUUCCUGGAGAACCAGGUUCGACACCAGCUGGAGAUGCCGGGACACUACUCUCAUCUGGCCGCAUUCUAUGAAGACAAGAAAGGGGUGCUCCACGCCGGCCCCGGAAGGGGCGGCAGCCUGCCACCCGUCUACUGGCUGCCUUCCAUCCACCGCUACAUGUACCCCGAGAUGAAGAUCACACACCCGGCUGGCUGCAUGUCUCAGUUUAUUAAGUUCUUUGGAGAACAGAUCCUCAUUCUUUGGAAGUUUGCCUUACUCCGAAAGCGCAUUCUGAUAUUUUCUCCCCCACCCGUGGGCGUCGUGUGCUACAGAGUGUACUGCUGCUGUUGUCUGGCCAAUGUCUCACUGCCUGGCAUUGGAGGCACCAUCCCUGAGUCGAAGCCUUUCUUCUAUGUGAAUGUGGCUGACAUUGAGAGCCUGGAAGUAGAGGUGUCCUAUGUAGCCUGCACCACAGAGAAGAUAUUUGAGGAAAAGAGGGAGCUGUACGACGUCUAUGUGGAUAACCAGAAUGUAAAGACACACCACGACCACCUGCAGCCCCUGCUGAAGAUCAACAGCGCCGACAGGGAGAAGUAUCGUCGGCUCAAUGAGCAGAGGCAGAUGCUGCUGUACUCCCAGGAAGUUGAAGGAGACUACAACCCUUGUGAAGAAGACCUCUUUGUGCUGUUUUUCCUAGAGCAAAACAAUCGGAUUUUUCAGACUCUGUUGGAGGUGUCCGCCAGUCAAGACAAAACUCUAACAGCAGAGCAUGCCCGAGGCAUGGGACUAGACCCCCAGGGAGACAGAAGCUUUCUGAUGGACCUGCUGGAGGCCUAUGGCAUCGAUGUCAUGCUGGUCAUUGAUAACCCCUGUUGUCCAUAGGAGGAGGACCAGGACUUGGUGGUGAGCCGCUCAUGUGGGGUGACAGGAGCCUGGCGUGCACCCCAGGCCCUCGGCAGCUUCAGUUUAAGUUAACACAAAGGACUGUUUAGACUCUCCAACCCAUGUAAUGUGUGCCAUUUCCUUUCUCCCCUCCGCCCUGGGGCUGAGGUGAGGCCAUCGGGUUUUGUAACCUUUGGUUGGACAUUGGAAUCUACUGUCUUCCGCUGCUCCUGGUUUGGGUUUAGUCUUAGGAGUUCCGUCAGUCAGAGGGAGAAUAUGAUACCCAUGAGUCCUAGUGUGGCCUUAGAUGUGCAUCUGCCUAAAACCAGAAACUAAUCAGAUGACCUUUUAGGGUCACCAAGUUCUAGGGGUCGGGUUGUGAUGACCUACUUGUCACAGGACAAGUCUGCGUCUUCUGGGUUGAUGGGAGUGGUGACCACAGAGAAGGGAAGCAGUGUGUCUGACAGAAUGUCAGGGAAAGGUGGAAAAAUGGGAUGAAUCUUUGAAACCCUUUCUAAAGUAAGGUCAUGGUAGCUACACAGCAUAACACACCCCUAGCCCCUCCUGCAUCUGAAUCCCCUCCGGAUGGCUUGGUGAAUUCUGAAGGUUGGAGCUGGCCCCGGAGCUUAUAUAAGCAAGUUCAUUUGACAUUUGAGUCUCUUUUGAGGGCUGACUAUCUUCUUGGUGUAACAGGUUCAACAGGUAAGGGAAGACAUCUCAAGGUUCUCUGAGAGCUCUCUGGAGGGAUUGUUUGCUGUCCUGAAGCAGAUAUUUCUAGUGAAUUCAGAAAUGUAGCCAGGGUCUGAGCUGGUUGACUCAGUUUGGGAUGUGGUGGGAACAGGUCUCUUAACUGGUUUAAAACUUCCACAUACUUAUCUUUAGCAGAGAAAACAUUCCUUAGCCUAAGUAGCUGGGUCCACAGAUCCAACAGAUUUGACAGGGAAAAUAAAAAGUGCCUCCCCUGCCAGAAGAAUAGCUGGAAAUCGCAGAUGAACAACCAGGCUCGCUUUCUUUGGCCUGGGAUAGAACUUGCAGUCAACUUGUUCUUUGGGGCCAGGUCACUCGCGACUGCCAGGUUCCUAGAUGAGACACACUGGAUGAGAGGCAGGUGUUAACCAUACUCAGAAAGCCAGUUCCAAUGCUAGUCUCCUUAAAGAUUUUGACCGAGUUUGCGUUUUCAGUAAUGAUUUCUUCUCCUGUGCUCCUACUGCCUGCCUCUGUUACAUGUGAACAGCUAGCUAGCCAUCCAACAUCCAUGUCUGUAGCCAAAGAGCAGUUGGGCUGAUGUCUGCAGCAGACAGAACUUCAGAUCGCGGGGCUGGGCCUCUUAUCUCAAGUCUAGGUUCUCGCUUAACUCAAGUAUUUUUGCUGUAGUUCCCUGAUUAAAAAUCCAAGAAGGAAGAGAUUUGGGUGUGUGGAGAUGCAAAUACACACUGAUGAGUCAGGGUAACAUCUUUUCUGUAAAUAUAUAAAUAAGUUUAUGCAUUGACAUAAACUGUUCAGCUAAUAGGUCUCUCUCUGCAACGUGGGUUUAGCCGUCAUCCCAGUAACGUUUACAAAAAACAGCUGUGCGCAGUGGCUCAAUUUUCACCUAUUCCUUCCUGUGGCUGACUUCUCCUCGUGCCCCAGGGCCAACUGAACAGGGACCAUCAGAUGCUGAUGAAACAACACUUCCAGUAAUCUCUGAGAGCCUCCAAGUUGGACAUAGAUAUCCAGCUAGAGAUAGGAAGAGCCUUUUCUGAGAACCUCCCCAGAGCCUGCUGCUUGCCACCACUGUUCCUGUGCUGAUGCAAGCUGAUCUAAAGAUAGCAAGGGGGAGAAAGGCUGUGCUUUGUGAAGUUGGGCCCUGUGGACCCUUUCUAACUAAGCCCCUGAUUUCCUGGUCUCUUUGUACCCCGCCCACCCUUGCAGAGGACAGUGUAUAGGUGGCCCAGAGGGAUACAACCCCCAGAUGAUGCCAUGUCUUAGGUCAUAGGUUCUGGGCUCUGCUGACCCCAGAGCAGGACUUCUUGUUCAACAUCUCUUUCGAUCCUUUCCUACUCUGCCAGCUUCCUCCUGCAGCCAGAACCUGGCACAGACCUCUGUGUGGUCCAACAGAUGUAUGUUAGCACCUCUGCAGCCUUUGCCUCCAUUAUCAGCUUCAGAGUAUGCCUUAGAAGUGAAUUCCUGUCUGUGUCCCCGUGAGGUCUCACUUCAUCAGACUGAUCCCCCCAGUGGCGGUGAGCGAUGCAGGCCUGCCUCAUGUGCUGCAGGUUCCCCAUACAGCAAAGACAUUUGGGUAGACGGAUACAGGACCCCUCUACCAUGAUGGCACAGAACCUCGCAGCCACAGGAUUUUUUUUUUUUUGCCACUUUUUGAAAUACUUUCUAAAAACCCAUCUUGUUUUAUUAGGAAGAAAGAAGUGAGUUCAUACCCUUCACAACUUUCUAGGUCUGAUGGUCAGCAGAGUCAGGCAUUUUUUUUUUUCUUUUAAAUUACCACUGGCCUCUAGGAAACAGGGUUAAAAAUCAGAUGUGGGUCCUGCCACUCUCCUGGUGGCCCCCACCAGAUCCCUGCCUAAGCUAACAGAGCCCUUCUGGGGAGCACUAAACCCCAUCUGUACCAUGCUAUGAACCAUGUGCCAACCCAAAACACUUCCUGAGUUGCUGGCUACUCAGUCAUUCUUAAGUUAGAAGAAAUUCCAAGUGGCCACAAUCCUCAGAGGGAUUGGGGUUUUAGAGUUGUGGACAUCCAUAUUAAGUAUAACAAAGGCCUCUUAAAGUGGAUGUUGUCAAUUUCAUUAGCAGAUGGUAGGAAAUAGUUGGCUAGCUGGUGCCUGGCUCAAGACUCUUUCUCCAAAAGGAAUAAAAAAUAGCAGAGCUUAUCUCCCCAGAGUCUUCAGAGGAAGGCCAGGUCAUUGCUUGGUAUUAGCUUGGGCUUUAAACAUGGAGCCUUCCCUAUGCUGGGCGCAGAUCCAGGCCAGUGUUGGUGUCCUACCUGGGGCCCAUAUGGUCCCGCGAGUUAGGAGUACAGUGUGACAGGAGGCGUUGGCCUCCCACACUCCCACCCUCCCUGGCUGUGGGAGAACAGGAUAGGAACUCGAGACUGUCGCGUACCUUGCUGAAAACCACAGGAAAAGCACGGGAAGGGUGAGAGCGACACUCGGGGACAGGAGUGUUAAAUGCUUCGUUGGAAGGUUCGCUUACAUACUUACCUGACGUUAGUUAGCUAGGAGAUAAAAGUAAGUUAAGUCAUAGCUCGUGGCUGUCUUCCUUCUGGUGGUGGCAGGCGGUGAACCUGCUCUGUCUUGAGGCACUGAAAGCAUAUGGAUGCAGUGAGAGAGGAAAAUGGGACUUUCAGGGAGACUUGCACAGGGUGGUACCCAGUUAGUCUUCUGGUGGCAAACGCUAGCCUCUAGAGACACAGGCACUCAGGAACUGUCCUUUCCCUUAAACUCACAGCGGAGAGUGGAUUGCGGUGCUCUCCCCAGGUUCCGUGCAGUGGUCCUUGUGAGGUAAAGAAGGGAUACAGGGUGUGGAUGAACAGAAUUACAGGAUAAUGCCGAGCUUCACAGUGUGGAAACGGGCGAGAACCUCUGUAGGAAGACCCAGCAGGCCCCCCAGGGCUGCCAUCUCCCCACCAGACUUGCAGGCAGGUAGGCUAUGAUUCGAAGAGCUGUCAGCCCUCCUAUCUCUCACCCACGGCUCACAGUUCUACCCCAUGGUGAGGAUCCUGGGGGCCUGUGGGCUUUACCUCAGCAGACCUAGUCUCAUCCCUUCUCAUCUCAUGAAAAUCCUUUCUGAUUCAGGUAAGGGAAGGGGAGAGGCUGGGGGCUCCUUAUACCCAGCGCGUGGGUUUUGACUCUUCCACUUAAUUGCUAGCAUACCUCUGCUCCCAGAAGCGACUGGAGUACUGAGUGUUGUAGGAAAAAGACUGUGAAUUAAGGUAAUGUUUUCCCUAUGAGAAACACAAGUUUAUUUUUAUAUCAGUGUUACUGAGUACUAAAGUGUUGCAAUGGAAAGGAAUUGCAAAGUCAUAAUCUAAGAAGGAAUAGGCAGCUUUGUAAUUGGACCGCUGCCGAGGCCCUUAGUGUCAUUGUCCAUGACAGUGUACUGAAGCUGAGCACAGACUGUGAGAACUUCUUCAGUGGCACUAGUUGGCCUGGGAAGGAUGAGAUGGCCACCACCUUUGGCUGAAGCUCCAGGACAGAAGGGAUAAAUGCAGUCCUUCGGUGACUGCUUCCUCCUGGUCAAGGGAGACGGUGGGAAUGGGGGUGGUUUCUAGCUGGCACUUUAAUUCACUGAAGCGACUGCAAGUUGGGUGAUGAUGCUGUAAAUUUAGAAAAGGAAUAGGAAGUUUCUAGUGCUAUAUAGAGAAAUGAAGAUGGGAUAAAGAAAGCUCUGCUUUCAUCUUGUUAGAACUUAUUCUAGAACCAUGUUGACUUAAAAGUCUUUACAGCAGAGGAUUUAUUUACUUUUGCAGCAGGUUCCUGCUCAGUCUCACAGUGAGUUUAUUUUGGUUCCGAUGAUACUGGGGCUUAUGGGGGCAGAAUAGGGUUUUAUAAAUUGUGUAUAGAUGGAACUUCAAAGUGAAAUACCCAGCAAAUAUAUUUAAUUGAAAUUGUAUCUGGGUAAAUUAAAUAAAGAUAUAUAAAAGUUAGGAAAACUAACAUCAGCCAUCAGCAAUGGGGCAUUCUGGCUGGGCUCCUGAACUGCCAGCAUGGGUGGCUUCUAGGAUUUGGGGUGGAGGUAAACAAAACAAGUUCUUUAUUUGUCCAGAACUUGCUGGCUAAAUUUUUAUAUAAGUCUGGAAUAUAAUCCUUUCCUGAAGAAAUAGUUGUCACCAAGGAAAUCUGUUUUCCAAUUUUUUUUCUUUUUAAAACAUUAACUGUCCCUGUUGCCUUAAAUGUAAAAGCCUACUUUGAGUAAUAACCCCAGCCUAAGAGUUAUAGCAAUAAGAGAAUCCAAAUCUAUUUUUGUUUCAAGUCUUUACCUCUAUGACAAAGUCAGAAAGAUAAUUGGUAAGUUUUGCUCUGGGUAUUACUGCAGACCAAUGUAUCCUUUCUCUGUGUCUUCAAUUGUGUGUUAUUUACAGACCUGGAGAGAGCUGGGCUUAACCCUGAGGCUAAGUGCAAAUGUUUCUUGAAUUGAUUCUUUCUGUGGUACAAGUAACACCUGUGUAUAUCUGUAUAUAUCUGAAGCAAGUUAUGUGCAGAGGUUGAUAAUAACUAUAUUUACAAAAACCCCCAAAUUUUUACAAUUAAAGUCCACAUUUUA